AUGCUCGACCUCUUCCUCGUCCCCAAGCACGGCAACGCGGGCGGCCGCAGCUUCCCCCACGCCGGCCACCUCGGCGUCAGCCCAGUCCUCGUACAGGGCAAGAUCGUCACAAAACGCCCCUCCGUCGUCCCAGAGCCCUUCCUCGUUCGCUCCAUCUUCCUCCGCGUAAAGUGCACAGAGUUCAGAGCAGGCGGCGCAUUCGAGGGCGAGCUCCAAAACACCCUCUAUGAGCAGACACAGACGAUCCUCGUACCGCCCGAGGGGGACGAGUACAUCAGCCUUGGUGAUUGGGAGUCGCCGUUCAGAAUCAUCAUUCCGACGGACGCUGCCAUCCAGGGACGGAGCUCGAUGACCAUCAGAGAGUACAAGGUCGUGUGGCGCAUGGAGGCCGUCCUCGAGCACAAGACAAUACCCUACGUCGGGAACGGGUUCACCAAGGCGUACGCACUCGAGCUGCAAAACUACCAAUCACCACCCCUCAUGCCCCUCUCACCUCCAUCUCCGCUCUUUAUCGGCUCAGAUACCCUUUGUUCUCGGGUCUCCAUCAAUGUACCCCACGGUGCCUUUGGUCCCGGCGACUCGUUCGAUGUCGCUGUCCAGGUCCGCCCAGAGAACCCUGCAGUGCUCGUCAAGAAGGUGUGGGUCGUCUUUGAGCGCCUCAUCGAGCGUGUCGACCCGAAGUCUGCUGGCGGGAGACGCGAGUCGUUCAACGGCCAUUCACCAAGCAAGCGUCGGCACACCCAAUCUCCCCGCGCCCAUUCGCCAACGCAGACCACUUCGAAACUGUCAUCGAUCAUACGUCGAAGCCUUUCUCCCCGCCCACCAUUCCACCGCUUGCCUACCGAACCUGUGGCACGAGAACCAGAGUCGGCGGCAGAGGGUCACGUCAUCCGCGACAAGAUAUUAGAGACGGCGAGUACGGGAGUGGAGCAGGGGUCGAAUGGAGCGGGGAAUUGUACACUGGCAGUCAAUAUUCCACGGCGUACGGGCAAGUGGGCGCUGGGAGAGACGCAUCGGUCAGGUUUGGUCGCCAUGACCUACCAGCUCAAAGUGUCAGUCACCCUCAAAGGCGACCGACGCGCGUCGGCGUCGAAAUCGUUUACAUGCCCGCCCAUCCCCAUCGUCAUCUCGUCCACAUCGUCAGCCGAACGGUCAAAGGUGGUCAUGCAGGCAGAGACACGGCGUAGAAAGCUGGCAGGAGGGAAGAACGGGCUGUAUCUGCACGAGGCCAAUAGCAGCGUAUUUGAUACGCCUGAAUCAUUCCAUCGCUCUCAAGAAGUCUUGUCGCCCAUUACUGGCGUGGCUACCAACGUCAAGCCUAUCCUUUUGUCUGACAAGUCAUCCCCCGCGGCCUCGUCCCAAUCCAUCUCCUUCAUCUUUCCUUCCCCGCCACCCCACGACUCGCCCCCAAAGAGCCACCUCCCCAUCCAUUCAUUACUCAACCCCGAGUCUUCCCCUCCCACCCAAGACAACGAGCAGCUCUUGUCACCUCCGCCCACCCGCGGGACUGGCGCAGAGCUCGACCGUACCGAGUUUGACCCCGAGUACAAGAGCAUCCUCAACCGCUUCCACGCCCAAGCGUCAUCCGGCCGGCGUAUCUCUGCCACCACCUCGGAAGAGGAAGAGGUCCAGCCGCUACGGUCGAGGCAGAAACUCAACCCGGAAGAGUCGAGGGGGAUUUCAGAGUUUGACUAUCCGUCGUUGCCUUCGCUCGAUGCGCUGGGUUUGGGAUUGCCGCAUGUACCCGAAGACGCUCGGCCACGUCAGCGCCGUCCCAACACUGCACCGAUCCACUCAACAUUCUCCAUGUCGCGUUCAGACCAGGUACCUCUGCCGUUGAGCGGGGGCCUGGGCAAGACAUCGAGCGUGGGCGCGGGUAGGCCGGUGACGAGUUAUGGAGUGCUAGGACGCACGCAGAGGGGUACGGGUUCGGCGGUGUUUGGGAGGACGAAGACGGAGGGGGGUAGUGCGGAUACGUUUGCGUUUGUCAUGCCGCGAGAGAAGAGUGUGGGGUCGGAUGAGUAG